GGGGGGGUCGAGCCGGCUGUUGGCGGACUUGCGGGGCUCAUCCGGACCGCGUUUUGUGCGUCACGACACCAAACGGGACCGAUCGGCAUUUUAUUUUUUUACCGUGUCCGCGCGCACUCGCGUCGCCAAGGGAAGACCGUUUAGACAAGAACGAGUCUGAGAGUGUAUUUACAUAACAGGCGCUAACGUCAUUGGCGGUGCGCAGCGGGUUGUGGGAUCGCGACCCCGUCACGCUUUUGCCGCGAGGACAAACGCGUUCCAGUACAGUUCUACACACGUUUAUUCAUUUUCAUUCAUUCCGACACAGAAGCGGGUCCCACAGCCCCAAACGGUUCCGCAGCCCGGCGCUCGAACCCUCGACGUCAUGGAGGCGGUUCCGUUGGAGCAGGGUUGACCCGCAAACUUUGCGUCGCAGCAACGAGUCGAAGUCGCGUUGCCGCGAGUUGUUCUUUUGCAUUCGACCUACUUCUUUUUUUUUUUCCUCUUUUUUUUUUUAAUUCGAUAAGGGAAAGUUGAGAAAUGGUCACUAACAGCAUCCACUGGUUCCGGAAGGGCUUGCGGCUCCACGACAACCCGUCGCUCGCUGACUCCCUGCUGGGGGCGGACACCGUCCGCUGCGUCUACAUCCUCGACCCCUGGUUCGCGGGGUCCUCCAACGUGGGCAUCCACAGGUGGAGGUUCUUACUGCAGAGUCUGCAGGACUUGGACUCCAGCCUCCGGAAGCACCACUCUCGGCUGUUUGUGAUCCGAGGACAGCCCACCGACGUCUUUCCCAGACUCUUCAAGGAAUGGAACACCUCCCGUUUGUCCUACGAGUACGACUCCGAGCCCUUCGGUAAAGAGCGCGACGCGGCCAUCAGGAAGCUGGCCUGUGAGGCCGGCGUGGAGGUGACCGUCCGCGUCUCCCACACCCUGUACGACCCGGACAGGAUCAUAGAGCUGAACGGGGGUCAGUCGCCUCUCACCUACAAGCGGUUCCAGACCCUCAUCGGCCGCAUGGAAUCGGUGGAGAUGCCCGCGGAGUCCGUGGCGGACGACGUCAUGGGGAAAUGCCGGACGCCGAUGUCCGAGGACCACGACGACAAGUUCGGCGUCCCCUCCUUGGAGGAGCUGGGUUUCGACACUGAAGGUCUGUCCUCGGCUGUGUGGCCCGGUGGGGAGACCGAAGCCCUCGCGCGGCUCGAGAGGCAUUUGGAGAGGAAGGUCGGUCAGAUCCUGCUUACUUACCUGUUUAUAGAGGGAAAACGACUAGAAAUGUCUCUUUCGGCGCCCCUCCGCCAAUGGGACCGCCUCGGCGGAGAGCAUGCGGUGACCAUCACACGCCGCGCCCCGCCAUUGGUGUCUGACCGCGUGACCGUCUUGCCAUCAGGCGUGGGUCGCCAACUUCGAGCGUCCCAGAAUGAACGCCAACUCGCUGCUCGCCAGCCCGACGGGCCUCAGCCCGUACCUGCGCUUCGGCUGCCUCUCCUGCCGCCUCUUCUACUUCAAGCUCACCGACCUCUACAUGAAGGUGAAGAAGAACAGCUCUCCCCCGCUCUCGCUCUACGGCCAGCUGCUGUGGCGCGAGUUCUUCUACACGGCGGCCACCAACAACCCUCGCUUCGACAAGAUGGAGAGCAACCCCAUCUGCGUCCAGAUCCCGUGGGACCGCGACCCCGAGGCGCUGGCCAAGUGGGCGGAGGGCCGGACGGGCUUCCCCUGGAUCGACGCCAUCAUGACGCAGCUGAGGCGGGAGGGCUGGAUCCACCACCUGGCCAGACACGCCGUGGCGUGUUUCCUGACCCGAGGGGACCUGUGGAUCGGCUGGGAGGAGGGCAUGAAGGUGCGCCGCGAAAUACGGUGUUUGAGGAGCUGCUGCUGGAUGCAGACUGGAGUGUGAACGCGGGCAGCUGGAUGUGGCUCUCUUGCAGCUCUUUCUUCCAGCAGUUCUUCCACUGCUACUGCCCCGUGGGCUUCGGCCGGCGCGCCGACCCCAACGGGGAUUACAUUCGGCGCUACCUGCCCAUUCUGAGAGGCUUUCCGGCCGAGUACAUCUACGACCCCUGGAACGCUCCGGAGAGCGUGCAGAAGGCGGCCGAGUGCGUCAUCGGCGUGCAUUACCCCAAGCCCAUGGUGAACCACGCGCACGCCAGUCGUCUCAACAUCGAGCGAAUGAAGCAGAUUUACCAGCAGCUGUCCUGUUGCAGAGGCUUCGGCCUUCUGGCUUCGGUUCCUUCCACGUGCCACGGUACCGGGGAGACGUCCUCAAACGGGAUGGCGUUCCCCGUCGAGGCGCCGCACGCCGACACCGCUCCAUCUGGCUGUGCGAUGCCGGUUCCCUCCCAGGCCGACUGGCCGAGCAGCGUCCGGAUGCACCGGCUGGCUGAUCCGCCCCAGCAGGGCCCGGGGCUCCGCAAGCGGCACAGCGAGGACGCCGCCGACGGCAAAAGCGCAAAAGUCCAGAGACGCGGCGCUCUCUAGGAGGUCAGUUAAAGAAUUAUUUAGAAUUAGAACUAAAUCCUGUGUUUCAGGACAGUAGAAAUUAAAAAAAUAUAUACUUUAAACAGAGAAUCUUGGGAACAAAAGGUGAAGCUUUUUCAUCUGUGUCUUAAAUGGCUGAAUUGAUGUUUGAACGGUGAUGAAAUCUUCCUCUUUUUACUUUGCAUUGUUCAGGACUACUGAUUGAAUUGUGUUUUUUGUGUGUUUUUCUAGACAUAAUUUGACAUAAUUUGUGUGUCCCUCUCGUCCCCUCCGUCCCCUCACAGGCGUGCAGACGGACCGAGUACACAGGCGCCGCUAAAUGGACUUUACGGUUUAAAUAGUCACACACACACACACACACACACAAUGUGAUCACCGCUGUCACUGGAGCGGCGUUUUACACUGUGCUCAUUGUUUGGUUGAUAUGUAUAUCAUGAAUUUCCUAAUUUCACAUCCAACAUGUACAUAUUUGAAUAUUAUGUGUGCGUUUACUGUCUUUGUGUAGCCACAGACCCUCUGAUAUAUUUUUGAUAUGAGAAACCCAGGUGGAUGGUUUUGUUUGUUAUUUUGUGUACACUUUUCUGCCUCUUUAUUUAUUCAACUGCAGCUCUUUCUCCUUUUUGAGCCGUCGAAGAUGCGUCAUUCCCUCCCCGCGUUACAGGCAACAUUAGUAUGACGUUAAAGUUUAAGAUGUACCACUUGUGAGAAAUCCUUUCUUUACGUCCUUUCUCAAUGUGCAUGUUUUAUUAAAAGUGUGUUUGAAUAUACAAAAUGGUUUCA